AUGGAGCAGGCGAUGCUGCCGAUACAUUGUGUAUUCCAUCCUCACGACCAUUCUGACAAACCUAGGCAUUCUCUUACUGGUGAUAUUCUUCGGGCUUUCGGUGAUGCUAAAUAUAGAGCUGCUGACAAAGCCGAUGGUGUUGUACAAAAAGCCAAGGAUCAAGUAGGGGAAGUAAUAGGAAAAAUCAUAAGCAAAUUUCAAUCAAAAGAAGGACCUCCACCAGCUCAACCCAGGCCGAAGGCUGCUCCAAUUCCUGAAAGACCAGCUCCAGUAUUUCCUUCUCCAUCGAAGCCUCCAACUAAACCCACUCUGAACCCUGUAAAACCAGCUUCAGGAUUUGUAUUACCGCCAAAGCCUUGGGAAACAACCCCAAAACCUUCUGUUCCAGAAAUGACUCCCACCGUAAGGUCAUCGAGUCCUAAAUUUGUAUUUAUUUCUGAUGGAAUUACACGAGAGCUAUCACCGGAUGAAAUUAUUGAAAUAGCACAUUAUUUUGAGCGGUCGAAGAAAGUAUCUAAAUGAAGUAUCAAAUAUGAAGAAUCUGAUUUAUGCCAACAUGAAUUGACAAUACCUUUAGACGGAAAAAUUGAAUGUUUACUUAUUUCUAUGCCAAUUUUAUAUUUUUGUAUUUUAU